UAAUUGGAUCAGUAACAGGGACUUUUAUUUUGAAUCUAGCCUUUACCUUUGUUGACAUUUUUACCUACACCGGCUUCAUUCAUCAUGUGUAGCAUAAUUUAGCUCAUAUUUUUCUGCAUUAAAUACUGAUAUGUGCCAGAAAAGGUCUGAAGAAUAUAUAUGGCAGUAAGACCACCAAUUAAGAUGGAAGAAAGGCAGUAUUCAUCUCUGACGGCCCCUAUGGAUUAUCUUCAGUAUUGGUAUCAAACCAGUCCCCAGCAGUACCAGCCGGAGCAGGUGCCACAGUACCACCAGCUGGUUAAUGCCACACAGUACGCCGAGAGACCCAUGGAAGACAAAAUCAUGACUGAUUUAGCAGUGCAUCAAGAUCCAUAUCUGGAUCAACCUCAUCAGCCUCACCAAGAUCCAUAUCUGGACCAACCUCAUCAAGAUCCAUAUCUGGACCAACCUCAUCAAGAUCCAUAUCUGGAUCAACCUCAUCAAGAUUCAUAUCUGGAUCAACCUCAAAAUCAUCAUCAUCAACCCUCUGUCCAACAACCAGCCCCUCCGGCAUUGACAGCAAAAGGAAAGAAAAGGGGAAGGCCUCUAAAAGGUGAAGGAAAGGAAAGGACAGAAGCUGAGGAGUCUGCCAAGAAAGCAAAGAGGACGUUAGAUCGGUUCAACGGCAUGUCAGUGGAGGAAGUUAUGUCUAGAAAGCUGCCAGACGUCAUCACACACAAUCUUGACUUGCUGAUUAUCGGCAUCAAUCCUGGACUGUUGUCAGCCUUCAAGGGAAGGCAUUAUCCAAAUCCUGGGAACCAUUUUUGGAAGUGCUUGUUUCUUUCCGGGCUGACUGAAGAACAGCUGAACCACAUGCACGAUCAGACACUACCUGAACGCUAUGGCAUUGGUUUCACCAAUAUGGUGGAGAGGACCACACCUGGGAGUAAAGACCUAUCAAACAAAGAGAUCCGUGAAGGUGGCCACCAGCUUUUGGAAAAACUCCAGAAAUACAGACCUUUAAUCGCUGUGUUCAAUGGGAAAUGUAUUUAUGAAACCUUUUGCAAGGAGAUAUUUGGAGUGAAGGCCAAGAACUUAGAGUUCGGAUUGCAGCCCUACAAAGUGCCCGAAACGGAGACGGUUUGCUAUCUGAUGCCAUCGUCUAGCCCACGCUGUGCCCAGUUUCCUCGUGCUCAGGACAAAGUGCAUUUCUACAUCAAGCUAAAAGAUCUCAGGGAUCAGCUGAAGGGAGAGGGGAAGACUCAGGAGAUCCAAGAGACAAACUACACAUUUGAUGUGACUCUGGCCAAAGAGGAUGCCAAAAGAUUGGCAAUUAAAGAAGAGCAGCAUGACCCUGAGUACGAGAAGACCUGUGCGCAUGGAUCAUGGGGGGAACCACAGCAAGCGUUUGGAGCCCAUCCUUCUACAGAUACAGACCAGGUAACGGACAACCGGUGGACAAUGCAGCCGUUUGCAGACCAGAUUCCAGACAUCAGAUGUAGCAACAGCCGAACAACCUGAGAAAAGUAGUUAUGGCACAAAGACUGUUUGUCUACACUGCAUGUACUGAGAAGGACCAACUAAACAUUUUUUUUAUUCUUUUAUUUAAUAUUUCAAUAUGUUUUGGCUAUGUUCCUGAGUGAUGAUGCUAAGUUGUUACCUGGAAUAUUUAAUGUAUAUGAUUUCUGUGUGUGUGUGCGC